AGGGGGGGAGGGCGGGGCCGCUCCGCUCUAAGAUGGCGGCGCGGGUCCCACGUGGUGCGCGCUGAGGCGGGCGCGGGGCGGGCGCUGACGACAUGGCGGCGGCGGCGGCGGCGGCGGGCAGCGAGGGCGGGAGGAGCGACGGAGCGGAGGAGGACGAGGUGGAGGAGCAACUGGUCAUGGUCGAGCUGUCAGGAAUUAUUGAUUCAGACUUCUUAGAAAAAUGUGAAAACGAGUGCAAGAUUUUGGGAAUAGAGACAGAGAGGCCCAUUUUACAAGUGGACAGAUAUGUAUUUGCAGGAGAAUAUGAAGAUGCCUUAGGGACCUGUGUGGUUUUUGAAGAAAACACAGAGCAAGUAGAUGCAGAAGGCAACCAAAAAGUACAGCUGAAAUACAAGUGCCACACAGUGAAGAAGUUGAACAUGACACGGACCCUUCUGACAGAAAAGAAGGAAGGAGAAGAGAAUGUUGGUGGAGUAGAGUGGUUGCAGAUCAAAGACAGAGAUUUUUCCUACAGCAGGCUUAAUAUGAUUUGCAGUUUUCUGCCUGAAAAGGAUGAUUCUGAGGAGUCAGCUCAGGCCCAAGAUAAAUUGACUGAAGAGUCAGAGGGAGAAGUAAGUGGCAAAGGAAAUUCUAACAUGAACUGUGACCUGGAAGAGCAGCAUGCCUUGGAAACAGAUGCCCCUAUUCCUCUGCCUGACAGCUCUGCUUCUGGGCCAGAGGAAUCUCAUCCUGGAAAUGCUGCCUUAGAGGAUGUACCUCCAUGAUAUUAACUCUGGUCUUUUCAUGGUUUCUUCAUGGAAUUAAUGGGCCAACUUUUAUAGGCCAUGACAUGGUUUCCACCUUGUUUGAAAAAUAAAUAGUGGGAAAACAGACAUUAUGUUCUUGUGUACUGCUUUUGUGUUUGAAUUAUAGUGGGAAAAUUUUUAAAAUUACUGACUGGAAAUGUAUGUAUCCCUACCUCAAAACUGAACAAGUGGAAAUGGUUACAUAAUUAAAAGAAACUCUUACCUUAGAAAAAUGUUGAUGUAUUGUACAGUCUGAAACAUUUUGUAAAAACAAAGAAACACCAUUGUUUAAAAUAAAGUCCUGAUUUUUUUAA